AACGCUUCCGGGUUACACGGAAACCGCUUCCGGUUUCUGAGUAUGUGAGGUGGACACGUUUUGUGCAUCGUCCUAUGCACCUGAGGAGCGGAAAGGCUCUCUUUUGGUGCAGCGUAUCCAUCCAUCAAUUCAUUCACAUCUCCCUGUCCUUCCAUCAUCUUCCCUGUGCUUAUGUUACAGGUCUUUAGGCUAAUAUGGGGAAAAAGAGAAAGGAGAAGAGAGAUAAUGAGAUAUUUGACCACACAGAUGUAUCCUGUACCCACAUCCGCAAGGGAAUAGACAAGAACUUUCUGAAGAAAACCUCACAGCUUUUAAACUGGAACACCUGUCAGGACUGUGGUGAUGAGUCAGGAACUGAAGAGGCCACGGUGGAGGACCAGGAGCAUGCCGGAGCCCCCGUGAUCUGGGUCUGCCUGCGGUGUGGCCAUCGGGGAUGCGGGAGGACCUCUGAGAAUCAGCACGCCAUUAAGCACUAUGAGAAGCCCCAUUCAGAUACACAUUGUCUGGUUCUCGGUCUAGAAAACUGGAGCGUGUGGUGCUACCUCUGUGAUGAUGAAGUCCAAUAUUCCAGUACUGGGCAGCUGGCUCAGUUGGUGGGCAAUGUGAAAAAGCAAGCUGUCUCAGAACCCAGUAGGAGUGCGACCCAGAAGAAAGUGACGGAGGAGCCUAGGGUAUCGGAGGUGGAGCAGUCAGCCUCGGUGGAGAAUCCUGCUGCUGAGACCAAGACGGUCACGCAGAGGAAAGGUGGGAGGAGAGAUGGAGGGGACCGGAAUGGCCAGAAGGUCCUCGCAGGAAGCGCUGGCUCCUCACUCUCGGUCAGAGGCCUCAGUAACCUUGGAAACACCUGCUUCUUUAACGCCGUCGUUCAGAACCUCUCCCAGACUCGACUCUUCAGGAAGGUCCUUAAAGAUAUCCUGGAUGAUAAACCUACGGUUUCCAUAACGCCGGACACCUCCACCAAGCUGGAGCCUAUAUCGAUCCAGUUGGAACAACCGGGAUCGCUCACCGUAGCCAUGUCCAAUCUGCUGAAUGAGAUCCAGGAGACCGAGAAGAGUGUGAUCACUCCCAAGGACCUUUUCACGCAGGUUUGCAAAAAGGCGGCCAGGUUCAAGGGCUUCCAGCAGCAGGACAGUCAGGAGCUGCUGCGAUACCUCCUGGAUGGCAUGAGGGCCGAGGAGACGAAGAGGUAUAGUUUGGGGAUUUCUGCAGCUUUGAAAACCUCUGGAAAAGACGCAGAAUCUGAAGAACUGAAGAAGAUGAUCAAAGAGUAUGAAAAGAAUGGAGCCCCAAAGAACUUUGUGGACCAGGUGUUUGGCGGAGAGCUGACCAGCACAGUUAUGUGUAAAGAGUGUAAAACGGUGUCCCUGGUGACUGAGAUAUUUCUUGACUUAUCACUGCCUGUGUCAGAUGAGGCCUACAGGAAGAAGAAUCAGAAGAAGGUGACGCAGAAACCUGGUGAGGACAGGAAGCCAGACUCCACCAUGCCAGCUGCGCACAUGGAUGACGAUGCCCUCUCCGGCGUGGGCAGCAAGUAUCAGCAGAAGAAGGCUAAGAAGCAGGCGAAGAGGCAGGCGAAGAACCAAAGGCGACAGCAGAAACUGUCAGGAAAGACACUCUUCACCAGCGAAGAUUUACCUGAACCCAAAGAGGGGGAAGGGGGUGCUUUGCAGAGGGAGGGGGGAGAGCCUGAGGCAGAGGAGCCUGGGGAACGACCUGGGGAAACUGGAAACUCAGAAAACACUGAAGAGCAGCUGGAAUCUGACGAUCCUCCAAGGGGCGCUGUUUUAGAACCCGAAACAGUUACUGUGUCUUCUGCCAAAAACCCCUUCGAGGCACUGUCCGAAGAUCCAGACAUGGGGGAGGAGAACGAGGAUGGGGGAGAAACCAACGAGGGAGAAACCAACGAGGGAGACGAUCUGGCGGAGGAGCUCCACUCUCUCUCCCUGAACACGGCCUUCGUUACCCCCGAUGACGUGGAGCUGGACUUGGAGGAUGGGGAUCCACCUGUCAACACCCAGGAAUACACAGUGGUCAAUCAGGACCCGAGUAUGGCCUUCAGCAGCCUGGCCAGCAGGGCGGCGCCAGAGAAGGAGGAAUGCUCCAUAUACUCCUGCCUGUACCAGUUCACAGAAGUGGAGAAUCUCACCAAGAGCAACAGUCUGCUUUGCGUGACAUGCAGCAAGUGCCAGACCAAGCCAGCAGAUGGCGCCCGGAAGAAGGUGUACACAGACGGCCUGAAGCAGAUGCUAGUCUCAUUGCUUCCUCCUGUCCUCACACUGCACCUGAAGAGGUUCCAGCAGGUCGGGUACAGUGUCUGUAAGGUGAACCGACAUGUCCAUUUCCCACAAAUUCUGGACUUGGCGCCGUUCUGCUCGGUGAACUGCAAGGAUUUCACUCUUUAUUCCCAGAACCUGGCUGAGGGAGUGACGCAGGUGCUCUAUGCCCUCUAUGGCGUGGUGGAGCACAGCGGGACCAUGCGGUCGGGACACUACACCGCCUACGUCAAAGCCCGGCUGUCCAGCCAGAGCGCCGCGGUGAACGGCCUAACCGCACGAGGUGAUCCCGAACCAGAGAAAGGAUCCUGGUACCACAUCAGCGACACUAGUAUUCAGCCCGUCCCAGAAAGCAAAGUGCAGAGCUCCCAAGCCUACCUCCUGUUCUAUGAGAGGAUCUCUUAAGGGCCAAUGAGGGGGCGCUGUGGAUGGAUAGGGGAGGACAAGGAUGAACAUCCUUUUUCUUCAGUGAUGUCAUAAAAAAUUGCCGUGUGCCACCGAAGGUUUUAGUGCCCAGGUGAUCAUGCAGUAAGGCUGUGAAUCCAGUUAGUACUGUAAAAACCACCCCUCUGUGAUCCUUAUCAAAUGCCCGUUAACAGUAAUCAUACAUGAUUAAUGUUACAAACAUUUAAGGGACAGGGAGCAAAGGUUUAGGGACUAUUACAUUAACUGACUCAGUGAUUAUUAAUCCACAACAGUGCAGGGAAAGAAGAGAGAUUUUAUUGGGAUCAUGGUUUUUUUUUUUUUAAAAAACAAAAAACAAAACCUGUUUAUUCCGGAAAUGGAAGCAUGUAUGAUGUGCAGUUGAGUGUGUGUCUCUCGGUAGUUUCCUCUGUGUAGAUUCUAAGAUUGAUGUGCUGGAGAUGUUUUGGAAAAACUAGCGAAAGAAACGAUGUGGGUGUACACUAAAUAGAGAUAAAAUGUCUGGGGGGGGGGAAAUACGAUGAUUAAGGAUUACAAUUAUUUUCAAUUUUUUAAGUAUUUAUUUAUGACUCUUUAUGGCUGCAUCAGCAUUCACUCAAGAAGAUAUCGGAGAUGUAAUUUUGUACAGUUUCGUAAAUGAUUUGUUAACUAGUGUUUUCACAACCUAGUCGAACAGAUAUUUAAAUAAAUGAAUAAAACUGAAA